UAUUCUAGCCUUAUAUGUUUGUUUUUCAUACGUUACCUUGAAAACCAUCUCUUAUUUUGUCUACAGGAUUUAUAAAUAUGGUUAUACAUAACAGUUAUUUUUAAAUAUAAAAUAAAUAUUUUUCACAUCCAAUUUUGCAGUUUUAUCAAGUAUUAAAAUUGAAAGCUUCCACCCCUAGCAACGGACAUUGACUCGUUCAUUUACAUCUGUCGCCAUUUUGUUGUAACCGAGAGAAAAUACCGCUUUGGAUAUUGUAAUCAAAUACACCGACAGCAGAUUCUCAUUAUGGCAAUGAUGCGUAGAGCUCCGCUACAAACGGUGGCACAGAGGGAGCGGCAGUUAGAGAAUUCCCGCAGGCAGGAAAACGUUCGAGAGGAGACCGUUCGUAACUUGGCUCGGGAAAAAAUGCUCGAGUCGAACAUGAAUCGUGAAGAGCGACUUGAUAGUAAACGGUUUCUAAGGACACAAAUGCAGGAACAUAAAGAGCGGGAAAUGGGAGAAACCAUUCUUAAGGCCCAAAGGGACAGGAUACAACGUGAAGAACAAAUGGCUCAAGAGGAGAGGUUGGCACAAGAACUCGAGCGUAGGAAGCUGGACGGGAUUAGGGACGAAAAAAUGAGGCAACAAAUUAGAGAGACAAGUUUAGAGUUGCGGGAGCUAGAGGCGAAACUGAAGUCGGCCUACAUGAAUAAAGAACGCACUGCGCAGAUGGCAGAGAAAGAAGCGGUGAAAUUUGACAUUAUGAAACGGGACGCAGAAAUUGCGCGGGAAAUGAUGGAAGAGCAUAACCGAGCGGAGGCCGCGGAGCGUCAGCGGGAAAUGGAACGCUAUAAAGAGAGCAUACGAUACCAGCAGGAGCUCGAACGCCAGCUCGAGGAGCAGGAAGAAAAGAAACAACAGGCGUACGAGGAAUUCCUGAAAGAGAAGCUCAUGAUCGACGAAAUUGUGCGGAAGAUUUACGAAGAAGAUCAGAGAGAGCGGGAAUUAGCAUUACAGAAGCAGAAGGCCACGCAGCAAUUCAUCUCGGACUUCAAACAGGCUCGCGACCAGUGGAAAGAAAUCGAGCGACAGAGAAUGGAGGAGGAAAACAGAAAAAUCAUGGAAUUUGCUCGCGUUCAGCAAGAGAGGGAGGCAGACAGAAUGUCCAAGAAAAAAGAAAAAGAACAAGGCAUGGCUAAAGUCCAACAAGCGUUGGCAGAGGAGAUAUCAAGACAAGAGGGUGAAAGAGAGGAGAUGGAACGUGUUAGAAUGGAGCUUCAUCUAGAAGAACAAGAAGAACGUGAUCGACAGAAGGAAAGGGAUCUGAUGGAGAGGCGUAUACGACAGAGAUUAGAGUUACAGGAACAACACGCACAACAGAUGCACUUCAAACAGUUAAGACAGCAUGCCGAGCAGGAAGAAGAAGAACAAUUUAGAAAACAGAUGAUGGCCAAGUUUGCCGAGGACGACAGAAUAGAACAAAUGAACGCACAGAAACGUCGCAUGAAGCAGUUAGAGCACAAACAUGCCGUCGAAAACCUUAUAGAGGACAGGCGUGCACAAUUCGCUGCGGAUAGAGAGCGCGAGUUGGACGAACGUAGGGAGGCGGAGCGCAUGGAGGCAUUCAGACGGCAGAUUAUCGAAGAGGAGAGACAGAAAUUAUUACAAGAGCACGCUAUGAGGCUUCUAGGAUAUCUACCUAAGGGCGUUAUCAGGGAUGAAGGAGAUUUAGAGAGACUGGGCCCCAACUUUAAACAAGCAUAUCAAAAACGUCAAGUAGACCCUUUUGAUGAAGAAGCCUGGGACAGCAGAUAGGAAUAGAAAACAAAAAAACUGUGAUAUUUAAAGACAUAUGACAUCCUUAUUUGAUAAAAUUUUAUGUAAAUUAUGUUCAUUUAUUUUUUAUAUAAUUUAUUGUAUACAUUGUGAAAAAAAGAAGAAAAAAAACCAACAAUAUGGGAAGAUUGCUUCGAGUGAUUUACCGUAUUAAACAAAUACAUGUUCAUUCUUAUAGAGUGUAAUUAUUUUAUUUUUGCUGUUAUUUUAAAGCCGCAUGUCUUCAGACAAGUUUAUGAAUUUCUUUUUUUCACGGCCACUAUAAUUAUGCAAAAAACUUUUUUCUAAGCAUAACAUUAUAUCAAUUGUCAUGUGUUAUAGAUGUGCAAAUGUUUAUGAAAACAUUUAUUAUAGACUUUAAAAUAAAAUAUUGAGAAAUAUUGAUGAAUUAAAAUGUGUAUUUUCA